AUGGACCCGUGGAGUGAUGCAGGCGGAAGUAGUGAGCCGACAAAUGAAGCAGAACGUCCGACUUGGUCCGGAAACAGAGAAAACGAAAUAACAAAUACCAAAUCCACAUCUUCACCUACUUUUCAAGCUUCAGGUCCUGUUGAUCCGUGGGCUGAAAAUUCGGCUCCGAUCGGAUUCAAUUUACCUUCAACAUCAUACAAUACAAAUGAGAAACGAUCAUCGGGAGAGUAUGGUGGUGGUGAUGAUGACGAAGGGAACAAUAGCAGGAAUGACUUUGAUCCUUGGGGUGGAGGUUCAGUGCCUAUGACCACUACAACAAGCGCACAUGACAAUAUCUAUCUUAACAGACAAACAGAAGAAGAUAAGCAAGAUGAAGUGGAAAUUAGAAGGGAGUCUAAUUGGCAACAAUCUGAUGAUGACAGGGAAUUAGCCGACAAGGUGGAAGAUGACAUGCAUAUAACCAGAAAUGAGGAUGAACAACAACAACCAGAGCCAUUCGAUGAAGAUGAUCCUUGGGGUUCAGGGGCACAAGCAAGAAGGGAAAAAGCUGAAGCCAUUGCUCAGAGGGAUGAAAUUAUUCGAUUGCAAGAGGAAGCCAAGGGAAGAGGUAGCGUAGAGCAACAAGAGAGAGAUCAGGACAAAGAAGCGGAUAAAGAAAAAGAAGAUGAUAAAGGAGCCAAAAGUUCGGAUGAUAAAGACAAGAAAGAAUCGACUUCUUCGUCUACCACAGCAUCUACAGCAGCUGGAGGAUGGCGAUCCUUCUUCACCCGCUCUGCUGCUCCAGCGGAACCGAAUAACACUUCAAGAGCGCCAUCUGCUUCUGAUAAAGUUGAGACGGAGAAAAGCACCACUCCAAGAGGUAGUAGUGAGAUCAAAAGCGUACAAAGGGACAGCGCAACUGCUGCACCACGUCUUUGGCAAGCUCCAACCUUGCGUACAGCACACGACCGAACUGGCUCAAAUGGUACACAAGGUAGUGGUGUGAAAGAAUCAGCUCCUGCAUCUGCUAGUUCACCCUCAGACCAAGGACCGGGCUGGGAAGUCAAGACGAAGAAACAAGCUGGUCCUAGUGGAGGAUUUAUACAAGGUCUUCUGGGAUCAGGCCAAAACAAAGAAGGCUCUGCUUUAUCACGUCUAGGUAAGCCUCUACAGAGACCUCCUGUUGUCUCAGCUCAGGAUGAUGAUGAUUCGGGAGAUAUCGAAGAGACUGGCUUAGAAUGGGAUGCUGGAGAUUCUUUUGAGACUUCGGCCAAAGCUAAACAGACAAAGCCACCGCCAGAUCUGCUCAGCAACGAUAUUCCACAAGAAUCGGCUGUUUCCCGACUUUUUGGUCGAUUCCGCGGCAAAGCAGCUCCAGGGCAAGAAGAUGGAAAGCAACAAGAGGACGAUCUUUCAUGGUUAGAGAAUAUCGGUGAAUCCAAAGGCACAGUAUCGCAAAAAUCUGAUGGCAAUGGCCUUAAUGAAGAUGAUUGGCUAGCCUUUGUAGAAAGCAAGCCUGGUAAUGUGACUAAUCAAUCUGGACCUUCUACAAACGUACGACAAAUUCCCAAAGCUGGCGAGAAUUUCGUCAUACCCAAUUUGGCCAAGUUGUCGUCUCCCAAAAAGCAACCUAGCCCAUUGGGCCCGCCACCACGUAUUGGCGCUCCGCCAAGUCAUGCAAACACAAGCAGGCCAGUAGGUUCAACUCAAUAUGCUGCUACUACUUCACCUGAUCCAGAUGAAACGUUUGGUAGCUUUAAGGAUGUUAACACUUUGUCACCCAACUCUAAUGCUUCUUACCGUGAUGAUCCCGAUAGCUACGAUGAUACUUUGUUGAAGAGCAAUGGACAAGAGCAACAGAGAAAGAAAACAAAUUUCUUAUCUUCUUUCUCCGCUGGAGGAAGACCAGUGAAGCCGUAUACGUUUGAUGAUGACGAAGAGGAGGUAAGGGACAAGAGCUGGAGCGCAUUUCGAGAUACACCUUAUGAAGACUCAGGUGAAAGCCAAUACAAAGACACAAGACAAUCCACCUUACCGCCUAGAUCUGCAAGACCUACACAACAACAGCAACAGCAACAACAACAGCAACAACAACAGCAGCAGCAACAACAACAAUCUCAGCCAAUUCUGCGUAGCAAUUCAGGGAAGAGUUACCAAGCCGGUAUUCUACCACCCCCUCCUUCCUCUAAUCAACGAAGCGUGAACACAAAUUCGCAGACGAUACUACAAUCCACCUCUCGAACAUCUACCCCAACGCCAAUCACGCCAAGCAGUGCUAAGCCACAAGCAAAAACGCUCAGUCAGGGCAACACCUUAACAAAUGAUGAUUUAAGCUUCUUUGAGAAUUUAUAA